CUUAAAAACUGGGCAAGUCCUUGUCUGAAUGGCUUCAAAGCUACUCACAUUUGUUCUGUUGCUGUUGUUUAGGUGCACAUCUGGCACCUCUACUGCUGCUGAUGGCUGUGUGUUUUUGGGGGAAGAGGAGAUAAACAGUUUGUAUGAAGAGGGAGAUGUAGUUAUUGGCGGCUUGUUUCCUCUACACCACAGCCCGGUAUCAUGGCUUGAAGCAUACAACAUGAAACCACGUCCUAACAUGUAUAAAUAUUUCAGCUCUCGUGCAUUGCGCUGGAUGCAGACAAUGGCUUUCACUAUAAAAGAGAUCAACGAGAGCAGUGAUCUGUUGCCACACCUCAAGCUGGGCUUCCACAUCCGCGACAGCUGUGACGACAUCCCUGUGUCGCUAAGAGCAUUGCUGUUGCUGGUCAAUGGCCUUCCAGGCAAAAGCUCAGAAGCUGAUGGAGGAAUACACCUGAAUGUCUCCAACAUUGACUGUGCUGCAAUACAAAGGACAAUGUCUCCAGUUAUCAUAGGAGACGCUGGCUCUGGGGUUUCUAUAGCUCUGCUAAGAAGCCUGGGAUCUUUCCAUAUUCCUCUGGUGAGUUACUUUGCCUCCUGCACUUGUCUGAGUGACCAAAAGGAGUUCCCCACAUUCAUGCGCACAAUGCCUAGUGAUGCCUUCCAGAUCAGAGCUCUGGUCCAAUUAGUCAGCUACUUCAACUGGAGUUGGGUGGGGGUCAUUGGUGUCGAGUCCGAUUACGCUCGCUUUGCGAUCCAGCUGUUCCUCCAGGAGUCAGUGCAGUAUGGUGUGUGUGCUGCCUACACUCAUUUCUACCCUGUUGGCCUGAGUGAGCAGGCUCUAGAUAAGCUCAUGGAUGUUAUUCAGAUGGCUUCGUCUAAAGUCAUCAUUAACUUUUCUAGCGAGUCAGAGAUGCAGGCUAUCCUAAGAGCCAUCCGACGUCGAAACAUUGAUGGCCUGCAGUGGAUUGCCAGUGAGGCCUGGGCCACCGCCAGAGCACUCUGGGAAGAAUUUGGAGAUGUCUUGAAGGGAACUUUAGGUUUUGCUAUCCGGAGAGUAAAUGAGAUUCCAGGGCUGAAGCAGCAUCUUGUUAAUCUCAAACCAUCCUCUAUUCGUGAAAAUGUGUUUAUGGCUGAGCUUUGGGAGGAGACUUUUAACUGUAGACUCAACCGAUCAGUGAACAACCAUUCCCAUGGAGCUGACAGCUACUUUCACAGAACCUCAUGUAAAGGCACAGAAAGUCUGAAUGAUGUUUACUCUGCCUAUGCAGAUGUGACACAGUUAAGAGUAUCAUACAAUGUGUACAAAGCUGUGUAUCUGGUGGCCCAUGGCUUACAGGAUAUGACUCAGUGCAAAAUGGGAGAUGGGCCCUUUGCUAAUGGCACUUGUGCAGACCCAAAGAAUUUUAAACCUUGGCAGCUGCUCCAUUACAUGAAACAUGCAAACUUUUCUGCACUUGGUGAGAAAGUCCACUUUGAUCACAAUGGUGAUCCGAUCCCUUAUUAUGAUCUUGUGAACUGGCAGCAGAGCCCCGAAGGAUCCCUGCAGCUGACUAAAGUGGGUUUCUACGAUGGUUCCUCACCUCCUGGACACAGCCUAAUCAUAAAUGACUCAGUAAUUCAGUGGCCUGUUGGAAAGCAGGCCUCCCGGUCUGUGUGCAGUGACAAAUGUCCUCCAGGUUUCCGCGUCGCCAGGAGAAAGGGUGAACCCAUUUGUUGCUUCGACUGCAUCUCCUGUGCUGAGGGAGAAGUUAGUAAUAAAACUGAUCCUUCAAAGUGCUCACGCUGCUCAUUGGACAAAUGGCCACAUAAAGGCAGAGACCGCUGCGUCCCUAAGGCGACUGAGUACCUAUCUUACCACGACUUAAUGGGUAUUGCGCUGUGCGUUGCGUCAAUCCUUGGAACUUGUCUGUCCCUCUUCAUUCUUGGCAUAUUCUUCAUCAACAAAGAAACGCCGCUGAUUCGGGCCAACAACAGAGAGUUGAGCUUCCUUCUGUUGGUGUUCCUGGCUGUGUGUUUUAUCGUUAGCCUGUGCUUCAUCGGCGAGCCUUCAGACUGGUUAUGCCGUUUAAGAUACCCAGCAUUUGGGAUCAGCUUUGCCCUUUGCAUUUCAUGCCUUGUGGCUAAGACAGCAGUGGUCCUAAUGGCUUUUAGGUUCACACUGCCAGGAAGUAAUGCCAUGAAGUGGUUUGGCCCCAAGCAACAGAGAGCUAGCGUGCUUCUUGGAACAGCUGUCCAGGUAAUAAUCUGUUUCAUUUGGCUACUCACCAACCCACCUUACUCUGAAAACAUUACAAGUUACAACAGUGCUAUUAUCAUCACUGAGUGUAUGACUGGUUCAGAAGUUGGCUUCUGGUGCACCCUUGGCUAUAUUGGCAUCCUGGCCUGCAUCUGCCUCCUUAUGGCCUUUUUAGCACGGAAAUUACCCAAUCAUUUUAAUGAGGCCAAGUUCAUCAGCUUCAGCAUGCUGAUAUUUUUUGCAGUGUGGAUCACUUUUAUUCCAGUGUAUGUCAGCACUCCUGGGAAAUACACAGUGGCUGCUCAUGUCUUUGCCAUACUCUCUUCAAGUUUUGGACUCCUUGUCUGUCUUUUUGUUCCAAAGUGCUGUGUCAUCUUUUUGAAACCUGAAAAAAACAACAAGCUAAACAUCAUGCAACGAUGAACGUGAACUUAACAGCAUUGCAGUUUUUAUUGGUCGCUUUGGCGCAGCCGUCCAAUGAAACAAGACAUCUCUUAACAGUUCACACACAGGUCUAAACAGCUGCUCCAAUGUAAUAAUGACACGCUUUACUAACCGUGUCAAAACACUGAAAACAUGCAGCAAAAACUAAUUUUGCCUUCAAACAAUACAACUUACAACCAAGUAUAUAAACACAACAAAUGAGCCAUAACACAGUGGACAGAAAAAUACAAAACACUGAUCUCAGUGUGAAUCAGUGACUUGUUAAUGAAUGUUUUCCAGUAGUCAUAGAUUUUACGUAAUAAUCGUAAUAAUAAUAAACGUAAUAAACGUAAUAAUAAUAAUAAUACGUAAUAAUAAUAAUACUGUGAUAAUCAUAAGAAUUUGUUUUACAGCCUUGUGUCGAUCGUAACUCUGACAGGAAGCCAGAACUUAGCAGAUCUACAGCGAUGCAUUACAGCAACAUGUUUGUUGCUACGUUUUUACUCUUUGUCUGCAGAACUGAAGUUUGACUUGUUUUGACUGCGCUUGUCAUUGUAACUGAGCUAAGAUCACUUAAUCUGUGUACGUUUCAACAUUUUGAUUUCCCAUCCAUCCACUUUCACUGGCUUUCUCGUUUCUCUUGCUGUGAUCGGCAAACAGAUUUUAAUCAAAGCACCGCCUUACAAACUAAUAAACCAGGCAAUAAUAUUUGUUUUUUAGAAAAAGACACGGAAUUGGAUUUAUGAUGUUUUUUUGUUUAGAGACAAAUGGAAAACAAAAAAAGUUGUUCGCUCGUUACCUCUGCUUAUAAUUUGAUGGAGACAUCAAACUCUUAAAAGUUACACAAACCUUAAUGGCCUAUAGUUUGAAUACACAACCAAUCAUUAACUCUGAACAAAAUGCAAGACACCGGAUGAUAUGUGACGUGUUUCGGAGUCAUGUGUCUAGACAGAGAGUGACCAAUACACAAAUGAAUGCAUGUGCAAAUCCAGGCUACGAGAGAAACGGGGGAGUGGCACACUAGAUGUAGUGAUAAUUAGUUUUGACUGUGCUUGUCAUUGUAACCAAAUGAGUGGCUGAGAUGACUUAUUCAGCCCGUGUACGUUUCAGCACUUCCCAUUUGCCCAUCCAUCCACCUUCACCGGCUUUCUCCCUUCUCUUGGUAUGGGCAGCAUCAGAUUUGAAUCAAAGCACCGCCUUACAAACCAAUAAACCAGGCAAAAAUAUUUGUUUUUUACAAAAAUAUUGGAUUUGGAUUUAAGAAGUUUUUUUUGUAUAGAGAAAAACAGAAAACAAAGAAAGUCAUUCUCGUAUUACCUCUGCUUUUAAUUUUUAAUCAAAGCUUAUCCGGGGAUGGGUCGCGGGGCAGCAGAGAGCUCGAGACUGCCUUUUAAAUGAAACACGAGAUCGAAUGAUAUGUGAUGUGUUUCGUACUCAGAUAAUUUAUAUCUGAGUUCAACCAAGAUUUGUUCCUCUCAUAUUUGCUCAGAGUCGCAAAGGCAAACUUCACAUCCCUUCCCCCUACUCCGUAGAGGAGCCUAGACAUGGUAAUGUGUUACUACUACUCGAUCAGCAGGUAAGAAAUAGUUCAGCUCUGGGACAAGGCUUAAUGGAAGAUUGGGCAGCAUCAGACGGCAUGAUCAGCUGCAGGUCUAAGACCCAUUAAUGCAGCAAAUUGUUUGUUCUACAUAUGUUUACUCUGCAAAAAUAAACUUAUGUAUUUAUUGUA